AUGAAUUUCAACAUUCUGGUGAUCUGCGGACAUGACUCUCUUCCAGCCGGCGCGGAGGCCGAUUGCGCGAGACUCAACGGAGAUGGUUUUCCUGUAUUUCUCAACAUCGUGAAGCUGUUGAGACGCGGUUGCGCAACUCUUAUUCGGUCGGCCUCUUCAAUCGACGACGAGGAAACAACCGAGCGCCAGACCGAGACACGUGACGAGUGGGUCGCAGACCGCCUAUACAGUACCGGUACCGGUACUCCUUUCUUCGACUUCAGCAUCUACCGGUACUUGUUACUGACCACCAUCUUCGACUUCGACUUCGACUUCGACUUCGACUUCUUCUCACUUAGGAAGCACCGGACGGAAAGAUCUCGUGUCGAUCGCUACGGUACGGUAUUGCCAUUCCCCUAUACCCGCCACGUGAUCAUGAUCAUGAUCGUCCUCCUCCUCCUCAUCAUCCCGAUCUCAUGCCGGCCGAGCGCGCGUUCGGACAAGUCCCAAGUCCAAAGUCCCCAAGUCCUAGUCCAAGUCCCCAAGUCCUUGUCCUUGUCCCUCUUCGAGCUCAACACUCUCUCUACCUAUCUCUCAUGUUCAUUCAUGAUCUUCGGAUAUCUGGUCGACAACCGACAGCCUAUUUCUCUACAGCCCACGGUACCUACCUACAAUCCUCUCCAAGUGAGUGGUGCUGGCUGCAUCGCCUCCAGAUCUUUCAGGGGUAACUUACGUACGCUGCGAAAAGAAAGCUUCCCGGUCGGCAUUUUCAGCGGGUCGUUGAAACCUUCUACCAGUCUCAUAUAUAUCUCGUACUUAGGUCUGGGCAUCCGAGAACUAGAUUUAAAUCUUCCAACUUGCGCCGAUGUCGAAUGGAUCCUUGACCCCAUUGCGUACGACGCUUGUGCUGGCCUUUAUGGUUAUAUUCUUGCUUUGGAGCUUAUUGGCGCUGGAAAUGCCCACGUCGUCAAUUAUUACGUGGAGGGGAUUCAAAAGCCGAUGCCACAGAAUGAUCAGGAGACCACCUCCCCCAUCGCCGAUGGUAACGAUGAAAUCGAUAACCAAGACAGACCUCUCAUUCUCUACGUGUACGCGGACGGGAACGGCAGCACGCCACUAGAUAAUCUCAAAUUCUUCCUCGCGCACGGCAUCCACAACGCCGCCGACUUCGUCUUCAUCGUCAACGGGAAGACGGAAGCGGAUGUGGCCGGUAUGAUUCUCCGCGAGAAUAAGGAGGGGAACAUUCGCGUCAUAAAGCGGCCGAACGAUUGUUAUGAUCUGGGUGGUCUGGCGUCUGUGUUGCUGAACGAUGAUUUGUACAAGGGCUACAAGUAUUUCAUCACCAUGAACGCUAGUAUUCGAGGUCCAUUCUUGCCCUAUUGGAGCGACGCCUGCUGGACGGAUAGGUUCCUCAGCAAGGUUACCGACAAAGUGAAGCUGGUCGGUAUCACCGCCAAUUGCUGGCCCACCUUCCACAUCCAGUCCAUGAUCUGGGCCACCGACAUCAUAGGCCUCGAAACGCUCCUCUUCCCACCCCAAUCGGCUCUCGACUUCCUCGCCCAGAACCCCGUCAAGCAUAUCCCUGGCCCCUAUAAGGACAUGGCCGAGUACGCAGAGGCCGACGAAGAAAAGAAGAAAGAGCUCGAUCUCUUCUACGCGCGAGAGGCGAACGAGACGGUGGCGAUUAACCACCAGCCUCCGGGCAUCAACUCGUGCUUCCACUCCUGGCGAGCGGCCGUCGCCGGGGAGGUCUCGUCAACGGCGCUCAUCCGCGCGGCGGGCUACGAAGUGGACGCGCUGAUGAACGCCUACCACGGCUUGGAGAGCGAGGAGUACGAGAAGGGGAAGACGUGUUACGACAACCGCGACCUCCUGUUCGACGGGGCGUACUUUGGAAUCAACGUGCAUCCGUUCGAGACGGUGUUUCUCAAAGCCAACAGGGGGCUGGCGCCGCUGACGCUGGAGAAGCAUACCGAGUGGGCUAACAAGAGGAAUUACUCGAGUUAUGAUUACUGCAAAUCGUAG